AUGUUCUCGUCGGUGGCGCACCUGGCGCGCGCCAACCCCUUCAACGCGCCGCACCUGCAGCUGGUGCGCGAGGACGGGCCCCGCCGCCGCCCACGCGCCCUCGCCGCCGCCGCCGCCGAAGAAGAAUAUAGCUGUGAAUGUGGAUCUGGCAGAUUCUUUAUCCUCUGUGGCCUUGGUGGAAUUAUUAGCUGUGGUACUACACAUACAGCACUGGUGCCCCUAGAUCUGGUUAAAUGCAGGAUGCAGGUGGACCCCCAGAAGUACAAAGGCAUCUUUAAUGGAUUUUCAGUCACACUGAAGGAGGAUGGAGUUCGUGGAUUGGCCAAAGGAUGGGCUCCAACUUUCAUCGGCUACUCCAUGCAGGGGCUCUGCAAGUUUGGUUUUUAUGAAGUCUUCAAAGUUCUUUAUAGCAACAUUCUUGGAGAGGAGAAUACUUACCUCUGGCGUACAUCACUUUACUUGGCUUCCUCCGCCAGUGCUGAAUUCUUUGCAGAUAUAGCGUUGGCUCCAAUGGAAGCUGCUAAGGUUCGAAUUCAGACCCAGCCGGGCUAUGCUAACACUCUGAGGGAAGCUGCUCCCAAAAUGUUCAAAGAAGAAGGCCUAUGGGCAUUCUACAAGGGGGUUGCUCCUCUAUGGAUGAGGCAGAUACCAUACACAAUGAUGAAAUUUGCUUGUUUUGAACGUACCGUUGAAGCUCUCUACAAGUACGUGGUUCCUAAACCCCGAAGUGAAUGUUCGAAGGCAGAGCAACUGGUUGUAACAUUUGUGGCUGGAUAUAUAGCUGGUGUGUUCUGUGCCAUUGUAUCUCACCCGGCGGAUUCUGUGGUAUCCGUGUUGAACAAAGAAAAGGGCAGUUCUGCCUCUCAAGUUCUCCAGAGACUUGGAUUCAAAGGUGUUUGGAAGGGAUUGUUUGCCCGUAUCAUCAUGAUUGGUACCCUAACUGCACUACAGUGGUUCAUCUACGAUUCAGUGAAGGUCUACUUCAGACUUCCGCGUCCCCCUCCACCUGAGAUGCCCGAAUCUCUGAAGAAGAAGCUUGGACUGACCCAGUAGACAGAUCGAGAUAAACUAUGGACUGAAUCUGCUUGCUGAUCAGUGUUGAGCAAAGUACUUAAGUAAAAGAAACUUUUAUAUAUUUGAAAAUGUAGGCAAUUAAGUCUGUUCCUGAUGUGAUUAAUGGUUGUGCCCUUGGCAGGUGUGAGGGCUUCUAAAUCGUAACUGUUGCAAUAAACAAACUAUUCACGAUU